AGGCCUUAGUUACUAAUGACCCUGACUUCCAGCACGAGGAUUUGAACUUCCUGUCCCGUAGCCAACGCUAUGAGCAAGCCGUUAGGAAGAGCUCUCUGAUGGUGAUGAAGUUAAGAGAAUAUGGAAUUGCAGAUCCAGAGGAGAUCUACUGGUUUAAAAGCUUUGUUCAUCGUGGACGGCCUGAGCCUCUGGACCUUCAUCUGGGCAUGUUCCUCCCCACCCUUCUCACCCAGGCAACCCCAGAGCAGCAGGAUCGCUUCUUCAUGCCUGCCUGGAACCUGGAGAUCAUUGGCACUUAUGCCCAGACUGAAAUGGGCCAUGGAACUCAUCUUCGGGGUCUAGAAACAACAGCUACUUAUGACCCUGCUACCCAGGAAUUCAUCCUCAACAGCCCCACUGUGACCUCCAUUAAGUGGUGGCCAGGUGGACUUGGAAAGACAUCGAACCAUGCCAUUGUUCUGGCUCAGCUCUACACCCAGGGCCAGUGCAAAGGACUACAUGCCUUCAUUGUUCCCAUACGGCAACUGGGCACCCAUGAACCUUUGCCAGGUAUUACAGUGGGUGAUAUUGGGCCCAAAUUUGGUUAUGAUGAAAUGGAUAAUGGCUACCUGAAAAUGGACAACUUCAGGAUUCCUCGGGAAAACAUGCUGAUGAAAUAUGCCAAGGUUGAACCAGAUGGCACCUAUGUGAAACCACUUAGUGACAAGCUAACCUAUGGGACCAUGGUGUUCAUCCGAUCUCUCAUUGUAGGCGAUUCAGCUCGCUCCCUGUCCCGGGCUUGUACCAUUGCGAUCCGCUAUAGUGCGGUGAGACACCAGUCUGAGCUAAAGCCAGGGGAGCCAGAACCCCAGAUCUUGGAUUAUCAAACCCAGCAAUACAAACUUUUUCCUCUCCUGGCGACAGCAUAUGCUUUUCACUUUGUGGGAGCCUACAUCAAAAACACCUAUCAUCGUAUUAGUGGAGACAUCAAUGAGGGGGAUCUGAGUGAGCUGCCAGAGCUCCAUGCAAUGACAAAGAGUAUCUCGUGUUACCAUGAAACUGGUGUCUCGUGUUUCUGUCCCUCAGUUAGUUUUGACAGAAGAGCAAACGCCUGUGACUGUUCUCUGCUCCUCUGACCCUAGCUAAGAUGACUUUUCUCCAUUCAAACAACUCGUGAGUAAAAGCUGCUAUUUGUUGUCUCUAUUUUCAGGUUCCUUGUCAAAAGCUACACCCAAGUUAGUUCUGGGCAGCAGGUUACUGGCAUGGUGUCCUACCUUAACGAGCUCUCCAGGCAACGCAUUCAGCCACAGCACGUGGCUGCCAGGACUGUGACUGUGUGGAUCAAUGAUCCAGGCAGCUUGGUAGAGGCCUACAAAGCACGUGCUGCCCGGCUUGUAGAAGCUGCAGCAAAGAAUUUGCAAGCUGAACUGAACCACAGAAAGAGCAAGGAGGAUGCCUGGAACAGAACUUCUGUUGAUCUGGUGCGAGCAUCUGAGGCACACUGUCACUAUGUGAUAGUGAAGCUUUUCACAGCGAAGCUGUCUGAGAUCAGUAAUGCAGCUGUCCGUGCCGUCAUGACUGAGCUGUGUCUCCUGUAUGCACUGUAUGGGAUCAGUAAGAACACAGGGGAUUUCUUGCAGGCGGGUAUUCUGACUGAUGCCCAAAUUACUCAAGUGAACCAGCGUGUGAAAGAGCUCCUGGCUGUAAUUCGUCCCAACGCGGUAGCGCUGGUCGACGCCUUUGACUUUCAUGACCUUCAUCUUGGAUCUGUGCUUGGCCGAUACGAUGGCAAUGUCUAUGAGAACAUGUUUGAGUGGGCAAAGAAAUCCCCACUGAACAAAACAGAGGUUCAUGAGUCUUUCCACAAACACCUGAAGCCGAUGCAAGCCAAGCUGUGAAGCCUGCUGGUUUUUUAAAAUGCUCACUUUUCCUGAACUGAAAACUGGGUGUGAGGAUGUUUGCAUCCUUUCUUCAGGCACCUCAAUCAAACCUUUCAAAUCCUGGUAGCUGUAGGACAGUGAAUAAUUGUAGCCUUUCUUUCCACUGCUAUAAAUCAAGGAGGUGUUUGGGGAAAGCGCGUAGAGAUUGAUGCCUGUUUUUUAAAGUGCAAUUAUAAUGGUAAAAUUAACCUUUUAAAAAUCUGGGAAAGCUUUAUGGAUUCAUACAAGGAUUGCUUUUGUGAAGCUGCUAACUAGAGAGAAGUUACUGUCAACUGGAAAGGUAGCAGGAUUUUACUACUAAGUAGUUAACAGCCCUCAGGCAAUAGUUUCUAAUGAGCAGUUGUGCCCUCCCCCAAAAUGCAUCCCUGUCUUGAUUUUAUUUUUUAAGAUUAGCAGCACCUCUCUCCUGUGUUUGGCAAAUAUUUAUGCUGUCUAAACCCUCCUGCAUAAUUUUGUGC